ACAGAAUUACUGGCAACAACAACACAGGAUGGCUGAUGCGCUUGAAGAAAAUAUGGUACUUAUAAUGACAUAAAACUAGUGACUGGUAUAUAAAUACUAUAGCAGUUAGUACAUGUGGUCUCAUACCAGAAGUUAUACAUUAAUUAUAGCAGUCAAGUAAAACACAAACUUGUAUUAUUGGAUUAGCAGCUAAUAGAACACUAUGUUGUAUGACAAAAUCAUGCAGCUAGUAAAUAUUUUUCAGUGUUAAUUAAAUUAUCAUGGAAGAAAUUCAUUAAUAGUGUGAGAUAAACUGAUAAUGAUUAUUAUAGAAACUUCUGGAAUUAACAAGGAAAUUAUCUUGGUCAAUUGUGAUAAAAAGAACUAAAAGAAAUCAAAAUGAAGAGUGUACAAAGAACAUCAGAAAACUUAUGAUUUAUCACAAAAAAAACCUAGAGGAAUGUUGUUUACAGUUUUGUAUGUUUAUGAUUCAAAUAUGUAAGCCAUAACCAUCUUCCAAUGGUUGCGAAAGCUGCGGAAUAGACAUAAAAAAUCAAGUAACUCAAGUGUUUUUUAAGAUUUGUAAGAGAUUGUGUUUAGUCCAAAGUAUUCAAGAUGGCUUCCUUCCAUAAGAGACCAGAUGGGAUUGAACUGUAUGGAAAACGGUGUUUACACCAUUUACAAUAUCAAAAACAAAUAUAUGACCACUGAUGAGUAUGGUCAAAUUAAUAUCAGCCAAUUACAGAAUAAAUCAUCGUGGCAAAAUCAAACAGCAAUGGCUCCAGUUCAACAAUCCACUAGCAGUCAAGAGGCAUACUACCUCUUCUUUGUGGGUGCCCUAGGCAUGUUCUUCAACCUGGUAGUGGUUUUAUGCAUCUGUGUUCGCAGGAAUAUGAGACGAAUGACGAGUGCUUUCCUUAUUCAUGCUUCGAUACUAAAUUUUUUGAAAGCUGGUUUUUGUAUUCCGUUUGGACUGAAUUUAAUAGCGGGUGAAGAAAUAUCAUCGUGUACUGUGCAGGGCGCGUCUUAUAUAGUGAUAAUAACUGCCUCUGCGUUCAAUCUUGUGGCCAUGAUUUGUACGGAGGCAUACACGUUUGGAGAAACAAAUAUUGGAGGUAGAUCUAAAGGAACUAUUUGUUGUGUGGCGUUCGGAAUAUUAUUAGUGUAUGUGGCCAGUACUAUCCUCCAUCUUGGACCAACCUUAAUUGGAGGAUAUUUCAUUUUUGAACCAAACAUAGGAAGUUGCACGUUUGAAUAUGGAAAAAUCAGUGGAUAUAUCGCUCAUGUGAUGUGGAUUAUAAUUAUAACUUUAGCAUACAUAGCAAUAAUUCAUUUCUUACAUAGAUUAUAUAAGGAAAUUCAGUCAAACCAACCUAAUCGAGUCUCCAUGUUAGUACGAAAUUCCAUCACAAUCAUGGAUGACCAAAAAUAUUCACAAAGUAAUAUUCGACAUAUGGUGCGGGAUUCUUUUCAUCGGGCCAAAAUAUUUAUAAUGAUAUCUGUGGCUUUUGCAGUUUGUUGGUAUCCACUGUUCGUAUUAAUAAUUAUUGAUGUUCAUUUUAUGGUAUCGCCAAAAGUUUACCAAGCAUUUAGUUUUAUAGCAUGGACACAGGGUACAAUCGAGCCACUGUUGUACAUCUGUUUUGAUAGGAAUUUAAAAUUACUGGCUCAAUAUAUUUACUGUGACCGACAUCGCCAAUAUGAUAUGGAAACUCUAGCCUAUCUUAUGUCGAGACAUCGGCAAGCAUCGCAACAGAAUUGUUCUUCCAAUCAGGAACAGUCUCAACAAAGUAUCUGUCGACACUGUCAUAGUGAAAAAGACGGUGCUGCUAGUUCCAUUCGCUCGACUAGUCCAAACUCCACCGUUACCAAUGAAGAGAGAGAAGAAACACAUCAUCAUCACCAAACGCAGACUGUUCCACAAGAAGUGCAAUGUUGACAUACACUGUUAUAACGUGAAUGAUGAUUGGAUGCAAUUCAAAAGUGCAGUGUCGACAUAUAUUUGCUGUUAUAACAGAAUGGAUGAUUGGAUGGUGUCUCGAGCAGUGUUGACAUGCUGUUGUAACAGAAUGGUUGAUUGGAUAGAACUGUGCAGUGUUUAAAUGCGCUAUUUUAGUGGAAAGAUGACUGUAUAGGGUUGUGCAGCGCUGAUACCUGCUUUUAUAAUGAAACGGAUGAUAGGAUGGAAUUUUGCACUGGAUAUAGUGUUGUUUAAAACAGAUCUUGAUCAAUGAAAUUUGAUGAUCGCAGAAAAUGGGUUGAAGAUCGUUUAAUUGAAGAUGCAGUUAGUUCAUAAUUCAGUUAGACAAUUCUUUUUAAUGAUCUAAUGAAAACAUCCAGAUCUUUCGUUGCGGAACAGCAAAAUUAUUCCUGGGAAUAAUUCUUGUUCUGUUGGGGAGACAUUCACAUGUUUUUCUUUUGAUUUGGAAUAGCAGAAAUGGCUUAUCUUAAUGAUUGUUUAGUUUUGAAGAAACUUGGAACAUGAUAAAAGGAAUGAUAUAACAAGAUCCUAGUUCAUAGUCUACCGAGGUAACAGAUGUGAUAAUCUAUUCUUUCAAGUUGAUAAAUUAAUGGAUAAAUAUAACAGGAAGAGAUUAUGAUUGUUAUGUCUGCCGAUGAAACCAGAUGUUCACAAGCGUUUUAACACAUCUGAUUAUAUUUUUAAAAAAAACUUGUUCACAGGUAUGAGAAUGGUGCUUGCUUCUUUAAUAAUUGGCCUUGCUUCAUCAUUGCUUGGGGUGUUCUGACAUUAACAUUGUGUUUUAAACAACUCAUUACUUGUAUAAUGGACAAAAAAUGUGUUCAGAAAUUUAUUAUAGAACCAGAACACACGUUUUGUGUACAUCAUCACCAAAGGGAUAUGAUUCUAAAAUGUGUAAUUGUGCAAAUGAAGAAAAGGAUAUGUUUGCAAACUUGGUACAUUCAUUUUGAAUUGCUACAUUUAUAUUAUUAAUUGUACAUAUUUUGUGUAUAGAUAUAUAUUAUGUUCUUUUUACUCACAAGCGCACAAGGAACAUUACUUUUUUUUUUUUUACAUAAUAUAAAACUGCAUACACGCAAAAAAUGUAAAUGUGUAAAUGAAUUCCAUACACAAGUAAGAGCAUUUCUCAGGAAUUCAUAAAGAACAACAAUAAUGUCUAUUAUUCAAAUUAAACCUAUUUCUGUAAUCAACAGCCAGUGUGAUACCCAUUUAUUUAAAUUAUACAAUAUCAUUUUUCAUAGGUUUAUGACUUUAUUUAACCAACUUACUUAUAAAAUGUUUCUUCUUGUGAUUGUAUAUUUGUCUCUUUUAACACAACCUCAACUUUUUAGUUUUAUCCCCUUUUCCAUUACACAUCUUUGUUUUAUCCAUGAGUUGUUUAUUUAAUUUGGGCUGAAUACUUUUAUACAGAUAAAUGUUAGCAACCAAAAUUUUUCAAACUGCCGGUCCACAGACUUUUCUGCAGGUCAAUUGAUAAAGCUACCUGUCCAUAAGCAUGGGAAUAUUUAUCUCUCUUUCAAAAUUUCAAAAUCUUCUAUUUUUUAUUUCCCGUUGCUGGUAAUUUAAUAUAGCUAUAUAAUUUUAGUUUUAUAGUAUUUCAAUUAAAGAUUAAUACGCAAAAUACUAUAUAAAUAAAUAAUAAUUUUCAUAUGUCCUAUUUUCACCAGUCUCCAGGUAAAAAAAGGUUGAAAACCACUGAUCAAAGAGUAUUAUAUCUGAUGGAAUUUCCCUGGGCCCUUUCUUUGGUUCAUUUUUGUCAGUCAAUGUUUGACAAAUCCAGAGAAAUCUACCUGUCAGUCAAUUGCCAAGAAGUUCAAGUAUUUAUAUCAAUUAAACUUAAAUUACUUAAGAAUGCAAAUCCUACAACUGAAUUGAAGUCUUUUCCUGAUAUAAGCAUUCAGGUUCAGGUUUGUACCAAAUCUCAAAGCAUUUGGCUGACAAAAUUACAAUGAGCCCUAGGUUUAAUUGUUAAUAAAUAUCGUGAGUUUUGUCUAUCUCUUUGGUUUCUGAAAUCCAGAUCCAAAAUAUUGCUCCAGGUAGCAGUAUGUAGCAACAAUUAUCAUGGUUGAGGCAGUAUAUGCUUACUCCAUCUAGCACACCUGAUACCACUUCUCAGUUGCUGAGUUCGCAUAGCUGACAAUUUUAUCUUGGUCUCUUAUAAUGUUUUAGUAUCAUUUUAUGUUUUCUUUGAUCAAAUAAGGGGGGGGGGGGGUGUAGGUGGCCGAAUGGUCAAAAGUACGUGCUUUAGAUUAUAAGGUCUGUCAUUGAGUCAAGUGGUGUGGUUUCGAGUCCACACUUGUAUAUGACAAGGAGAAGGGUCGCCUGUCCAACCUUGUGGAUUUUCUCUGGGUCCUCUGGGUCACUCCUAUGGCUAAAAGACCCCUACGUGCAUACAAUCUAUUGAAAUAAAAUUGAAACCUGUGUUAAUCCCAAAAUGACCUAGUUUGUGUUGAGUGGUUGUUGUUAAACUCCAUUUCUCUCAAUCUUUUGACCAAAUAAAAUUCAAAUUUCAGCGAUUUGCUUUAAUCAACACAUGACAUGCAUACCAAUUUUCCUUCAAAUAUUAAUAAACUUUUAUUUCCAUUCAGAUUACUUAAUCAAAAUAAAAUUUAAUGGAAAGUUUAAGUUAGCGUGUGAAAUAAUGCUAUAAAGAGAAGACGUGAAAAAAACUAGGGAAUACAAAUAUUGAUUUCAAGAAUCAAUAAGCCACGUACAUCAUUAUUGCUCGACAGACCAAUAAACCGACAUGAAAUUUUGAGGGAAAAAAUCAGCUAAACAGUCACUUACUAAAUGAGCAAACAUAAAGUAAUUUAUAAUUCAUUGAGUUCCAGUUCCCAGUUAUCAAAAGAUCGACAAGAAAUAUUUCUUUAAAGAUAUGGUAAGCCAGUAAGACAAAGAAAUUGUUUUCAUGUAAAUCAAAUGUCAGUAUUCAGGCGUAAUUAGGCAAAGGAUAUACGUCUCCCAUUACCAUUCAAUAUCCUGAUGAAGGUACACUCCCAAAGUUAAACUGAGCCAGACAAAACAAACUAUGAUUAACUUCACUGACAAAGACUUGGUUUUUACCAUUAACCACUAAAAAGCGAAGUCAACAGUCGAAUAAAAAAAGGUCCAAGAUUUUUAAGAUACUAGAAAAAUAAACUGAUUAUUGACACCAAAUUUUAAGUGUGUUUUCCUAUUUACCGAUGUGAAUAAUAAUAUUAGUCAAGAGAAAGACGAUCGUGCAAUCAUUACUGUUAUUUAGACGUGGAUAUUGGUGGUUUCAUUUGAUAAAAUAAAAUAGCUUGGAGAUAAUUUGAAUGGUAAUGGGAUUUUUCAUCUGACUUUUCAGCUUGACAACACUAUUAGAAAGAAAUGUUUCAUUAACUCGGCUAAUGAAUAUCUAGUAUUUUUCCAAUUCCAAGUAUUUCUUUCAUUCAGUGAAUAAGAAUUUACCUCUGUGAUUCAACUUUUAAAGGAGGGAUAUGAUUAAAUAAGUUAUAAUAAAUUGAGUAGAAGUACAUAUUUCAUAAAUAUAAGUUAUGAGAAAGUUGCAAUUUAACUUUCAUAUUAUUAUUUUUACUGCAAUUCUAAGUUGAGUCAGUAAGUAAUUCAAGAAUCAUCCCCAAAUUAUAUGCAACAUUUUUUCAUGGAAUGUGCAAUUUUAGGAACAAAUUCUUAUAUGAAAUUCAAAUUAUGCCAGAAUAAUCAGUUUGGAUUUAAUGGGUAAUUAUGCACAUAUAUUAAUGAAAAAUCCAAAAACUUUCAUACACACACACCUACACCUAUAGAAAUGUGAUAUUUUUUUAUGGAGGGUAAAAUUUUGAGAGCUAAUUCUUAUGUAGAUUACAAAUUAUGCAAUAAAUCCAGAACAUGAGAACAAUCAUCUUUGAUUUAAUAGAGAUUUAUGCACAAAUGUUAAUGAAAAAAAAAAAAAAAAAAUACAUCAAUUUUCAGAAAUGUGAUUUUUUGGGGGUAAAACAAUUCAACAUAUAUUGUUUAUUCAUUUUGUGUAAUUUAGACAAUUCAAGUAUUAACACCUAUAUUUAUUCUGCUUUUCAACAGCUGUUUCCAACCGAUUUUAUUUGAACAGUGGCCAAUCAAUUGCCAUUUCAAUGUCCGAUACAAACUAGCUGUAGGCCUUCGAGCGAAGUUCUUCUCUACUUGUUUUAUAGAAAGAAUUCUAUAUGACUGGGUAACAUCUCUGUUUCUGUGUCUUAACAAUUCUUAAAAUCUUGAAGCAAACAAAACAGACAUGAUUCCCGCUUUUAACGAUAUUUCUGGAUACGACUACAAGCCAUAAGAAGCGUAAAACUGACAUUGUGUAAAGAAAGAUCAAGUUGAAGUUAUAUCGAUAGAAAUUCAGGCCAUCUUUGGCAAAUCUGUCACUUGAGUAUGCUUAAAACCAACCGAUUGAAGUUUGUGGCUUUUUUUUUUGUAGAGUAAGGAAUGUUAAAAAGAAAGAAAUAUUCAGUGUAAAAAUAGUCCUUUAAAUUCAGUUUCCAAUUUAAUUCAUGGAGAUAAAUUAUUCUCCAAGCGAUAAUAAUGUUUGAUGAAAUAAACAAUGAUUUUUGGAGAAAAAGUAAAAUCAAUCAUUAUCUUUAUAAAAAGGGAUUUUUUUAUAGUAAAAGUCAAAAUAUGAAAAAGUAUCAGUUUUCAAUUGAAUGAAGAUAAAUUAUUUUUUCCAACUAGAAAUAUUGCUUAAUGAACAGAACACACCUUUUUGACAAAAACUAACUCAUUGUCAUCUGAAAUUUUUCUAUAAUAUUUAAAAUGCAAUGUGAAAAUAUGAAAAUGCAAAAUAUUCAAUCAAAACUGAUUGUAUACAUGAAAGGUAGAUUUUCAUAUUGAUAAUAAAUAUAAUGUAAGUAAUGAAAGUAGCUAGACUUUUUGAUGGUUCAAUUAUGUUUAGCCACUUGAAGGUGUGACAUGUCAUCCAUUCUAUAUUUAAAUUUAGGUUGACAUCAAAACAUAACAUGCAUGGAAUAAAGUGUGUAAUGCAUAGGUGACUGACCUUUAAGGUCACAGUCAAAAUAGUUCUAUGCGUGACAUUACAUCGAUAACACCUGCAUUAUUUACAUCAGACAUAGUAAUACAAACUGGUCCAGGCAGAAUUGGCGCCUUUUACUCAUUUAUACUAAAUAUUUUUUAUAUACUUCAAACACCUUUAUUUUUUUUCCAACUAAUUCGAAACAUUGUUUUAGAAUUUAAUUUGCAGAAGAAACAAGAGAUAAUAUGAGGGCUAAUAUCAUCCCUAUCAGUGAUAUUGGCAGCCAAGCAAAUACUUACUGCUGAUCAGUUUGUCUUGGAUGUGAAUAGCUGACCAAAGUGUCAUUAAUUUGUCAGAUGAAUGCAAAAUGUGCUCCUAAACAAAUCCUGAUAUAAAGACAAACUGUAAAUGAUUAUGUGCGGAAAUAAGUCUUAAAGUUCUAGCAUGUGGACGGCCAGCAUUUAAAAAAAUGGAAUUUUCAAAAUUACAACACAAGAUCUUCAACUUCCUCCAUACAGAUCAUGAUAUUUAGAAUUUUGAUAAGACUACAUAAUCCGUUAGUUUAAUUUAGCAGAUUGUUUAAGCAAAUUCCUUCUCUUGGCUAAUUAACCUCAUUUUAAAGAUGCAUAAUGCCAUUGAUUUCUUAGCGUGCUUUUUAUUAAUAUUAUUACCAGAAAACCCAGAGUAAUUAGUUUUUAGCAUUGUGCAUGUACCCCCGCCCGCUUAAAUAAAAUUGGAAACAGUCCACGUAGUCGUAAUAAUUCAUGUAUAACUUUUGUAUAAAUAAUUUGGAAAUUUUUAAAUCGAUCAUUAAAUUAUGUUUAACAAGUAAAAACAUCUUGCACCAUAAUCUUAUUAUGAUUUAUAAAGCGGGAGGGUAACAUAUGUUUUCACCAGUGCAUUAGUGUAUUAAUCACAUUUAUAAGAGAGAGUGUAUGUAUACAUGUAGAUAGAAUAUGUAUAAAAUGUUUUAUAUUAAACUUAUAUAUAUAUAUAAGAUAUCUCCAGCUGGUUUGGGAUAAACGACAAGCUUUAAUUCUUUAUACUGCAUUGAUUUUUUGUUUGUAACUGUAUGCAAAAAACUCUUCAUUCUUAUCAUUUUUCUGUAACAUUUUUUUUUUGUCCACAUUUUUUUUUUUUUGUACACAUGAAUAGGUCAGAUGUCACUUUAAGACCAUAAACACACUAAAGAAUAUUUGUCACAGAUUGCAGAAUUUCUCAGCCCUUCGGCAAAAAAGAUAUUACUGUCGAUGAAAAUUUUCCAUUACCUCAAUAUCUACAUAGCGAUGUUUAUUUAAGUGUUCACCCAUAGUAUGACUAUGGUCUCAUUGGCCUCCCAUAGCCCUAAACAAUUACCGUAAUCCUAAUUCUUAAAUAGCCCUUCCUACUGCAACAGUUUUGUCGGGGUGAUCUUUAAGCAGUGAUGCAAAUAUAGAGAGCAAUCUGUUGGAAAGUAUAAUUGGUGCACACCUAUGAUAAUUUGCCACCAAGAAAAUUAACAGCUAAUAAAACGUGUAUUAUUAUCAGUAUCCGAAGAUGAUUACUCAUAAUUUAUUCCAACUGCAGACCACUUUUGGCCAAUAUUUUGUUUUUACUAGAUCAAAUUGAACGUCAUACUCAAAAUUAUUAGCUUAUAAAAUAACGCAUUUAGGAGUCAAAGGGCACAGCACCUUCUAAAAUAGAUAAAUUUGUACUAUUUUCUUAAUGACAAAUGAUAAUAUUUUAAAGUUAAAACAUCCAGUCAUUCUGUAUUCAAUUUCAUUCUCCUUAUAAACUGACACUAAAAUUGGUCAUUUCAAAUUUCAUUAAAGCUAUUGUUAUUUGAAUUUCUUGACAAUAUCUAUUAAAAUCCAUGCUAAAAUAUACUGAUACCGUCUGCAGGGGAUGCUGAAUAUUGCGAAAUUUUCAAUUCAUCAUAUCUUUGUAAUUGUACUUUCUGGACUGAUAUUCCCUUUAGAGAUUCCACUUUCACAGAAUUGUUUGUAAGGUAAGGUAUUCAAAAUCCCCCAAAUGAUAUCAACAGCUUUAAUUUUUCUGAAUUAAUAAGCCUAAAACUUGAAAGGUACUUGCAAUGUUUAGAUAUUACAAUUUUACAAACCAGCGUGUCUGACAUAAACUUAAUCAUUUUUCUUUUUCAAUAAAUGAAAUUCACAAAUUGUAUUAAAUUGUGUAAUAUUUUAUUUUUUAACUUGUAAGAGAUUUGUUUUCAUUUCUUGCUUUGCAUUUUAUAAUUUUUUCAAAACAUUUUGUGUUGUAGGCCAAACUUGAAUAUUGAUUCAUUUUUAUCUAUAUGUUUUAAAGUGCGUGUACUUGUUUGUUUAUGAAUUUUAUGAUUGCAUUUUUUUAUUUUGUAUUUUGUUGUUUUCACUGACUGAUCUGACAUAUGUUGCUAUAUCGUUGUUUCUUCCCCCAUGACAAACAAAAAAAACCCAGUCAGAUGUCACAUUCUAUGUACAUUUUAGGUUCAACUUUUGCAUUUGUUUUUUAGCGUACUUACCAAAUAACAUGUGGGAAAUCCCUUGGAAGUCCAAGCGUGUGCUGUAAGGAUUUUAAAUGUUGUUUAAAAAUGGAUUUAUUUGUAUGAUGAAAACGUGCCAUAUAAAAUAUUCUAUAUAAGUCUUAUUAUGUAUGUCAAUUUUUUUCGUACAUAAAAAUUUAGAAACAUAUGGUAACUACAUUAUGUAAGAUUAUUAUUUAACAAUGGGCUUAAAAAAUAUCUGAACAACUUUUAAAACCUGCCUGGCAUUCUCCAGCGGCUUUUCUGGUAGACGCAUUUUUUAAAAGUAAGCUUGGGAGAAUAAAAGCUGAUCCCAGAUACAAGUUUACAUACAAACGAUGUUUACAAUUGUACAUUGUUCAAGUGUCAAUACACAAUAAUAAACAGAUAUAAUUUUAUAAUAAAAAAUCUCUCUUUUAAAUUUUA